GAUAUCCUAACCAAGUCUAGAAGGUCCAAGAACACCUGUACAUUACAGUGUUUAUAAAUGUAUGUACAUAGGUAGGUCUCAAUGUGCACCUUUCAUUGAGUUUGACUGUUAAAUUCUUAACGUUUUAAAAGGCGAUAUUAAUCUCAUUUUUCUUUAGGAGUCGACUAUUAAAAUUGUAUAUAUAUAUAUAUAUAUAUUUUUAUUCAUUUUAAAGGUCACAUAUUUAUUGAGGCACAUAUCGAAUCUUAUUGGUACUUCUGGGUGUAAGAUAUAAUUUUUUACAGUUUAAAAUGCUGCAAAAAUGCAAAAUGUAAUAAGAAGUGAAAAAUGUAAGUUUGCUUGGAAUUAUAUAAUUGAAGCCAGAGACUCAUGAAGUCCUCCUAGUUGCUACAAGCUUCCUGCAAAGUACAAUUGUAGAGCAUAUGAGAGGAUCACAAGGCUUCCUUUUAAUCUUCAAGGAGCAUUUAUUUAGGGAGAAGCUACAUGCCGGAAAUUCCAUUCUACUCCUACAUGCAUGAUAAAGUUUUUUUCUACACCUAUUUUCCCCCCUUUUUUUCUAUUGUUGGAAGGCGACCCUAUUGAUAGGGUCUCUCUGGGUGCCAUGUCCUUAAUAACUAAUCUAAUAGAUUUUCAAAGCCUGUUGAUGGUUUGAUAAUUUCAAACUUGAGAUUGCGAACCCGAGGAAGCAAGAUUUCUCUAAAUUCUUCAUGAAUAAUUUUAAUCCAUUGGAGUGCUUGAGCUUUUUAAGAAAUUGUCUCAAUCUAUCAAACCAUAGAGCAUCGCUAAUUCUAAGCUGGAAUUCAAGGCUAGCUCUUUGUACUCCUACUCGUUCAAAAGAUUUGGAGUGUCAAUGUCAGUCCCCAUCAGAUUUUUGCAUCCUCUCGAGACAAGUUGUUUAAGCCGUGUACUAGAAAUCGUUAUAUUAUUCAAUUGGUUGCAUUUGCUUAGCUCCAAUUUUUCAAGUACAGGAAAACUAGCAAACCGAUCUUGAAAAACUUUUUGUCAUCUCAAAUCCUCAACCAAAGGGCAGCCAGAGAUCAGAUUCCUGGUUGUCCGUAUAUCAAUGACGACUUGUAGCCGACCCAUAGGUACGAGAAAGUUUUUGCAGAUGUGGAAGCUUUAUAUAAAUGCAAGAUUUCAACUUACACCCAUAUAACCUUAAUCCAGUUAGUGUCUUUGCAGCAAAAAGAGACCGGGGCAAAGUGUAAUGUAUGUUUUUCACGACGACAAGUGGAGAUCUAGCUCUUUCAAGUGGUUUUCGACUGCCCAAUUAAUCCACUGAUCCAUAUGAAUUAGGGCCAGUUCUAAAUCAUAAGAGGUAACACGAAGAACCAAUUUACGUAUACUUGGUUUUUGCUCGAGGUGUCUCUUCAGAGAAUUGUCAAUGAAGUCCUUAAAAGUUCUCAUUCCUCAAAUCCAGAUUUCCCUCUUAUUGAAUCUUGUGUUGAUCAAAUUUCAAAAGGGAAUCCGCAUGAUUCAUGCAAGUCACGGAUUCUCUGCUUUGUAAAUCAAUUUGUAUAGCACUUUCCUUCUAUAGUUGUGUAUUUCUUAAUUAGCUACUGCCAUGUACUAUAUUAAGGCUAGUUGUAAAGGAAAUUAAUACAAGAGUAUUUUUAGCCAAACUCUGCGUAAAUUCUAUAUGCUAUUAGAAGGUUAAUCUCUCAUGAGAACAUGAAAGCCUUUCCCAACACCAUGUCGUCCAGUGUCAAUACCACUCCUCAUUCGAUGCCGCAAGGCUCCAACGCUGCGUCUGAGCUUCUACUCGUUACUAUCAACACUUCCAGCCAAUUACCUUACAAACUUACAUCUUCAAAUUAUCCUUCCUGGCGUGAAACUUUUCUAACCAUCCUUAUUGGUUAUGAUCUGAUGAGAUAUUUGGAUGGCACUCUUUAGUGUCCUCCCACACCUACUGCUGGUUCUUUUGCAUUUGCUGUGGCAAGCUAUGCGCAUUGGUACCGACAGGACCGGUUGCUGCUCAAUGCCAUUUCUUUGGUUUCUAAAGCCGUUAUGCCUCUCAUUGCCAUGACAACCACAAGUCGCAAUGCUUGGCAGCAUCUAGCCCGUCUAUUUGUUAGCAAAUCUUGGGCCCGUAUUAUGCAGUUAAAAGAGGACCCAACCCUUAUUCAACGGGGUUCCUGCAUGGUGUCUGAUUUUCUUCAUGCGGUCAAGGUGAUCGCUAAUGAAUUGUCCUUGAUUGAUGCCCCAGUUUCGGAUGAUGAUUUAACGUUGGCGUUGUAUGUUCUUAAUGGCCUUGGUUUGGAUUUUCGUGAUAUGAUGGUGCCUAUUUGAACGCAUGAUACUGCCUUAUUUUUGGCAGAAUUACAUGAUCUGUUAAUUCUUCGCAUGGAUGGAAAUGCUUCGAUGGAAAUGCAUGGAUGGAAAUGCUUCGACCCUGUUGUAACAGCCAAUUCUUCUCAACGAAAGCCAUCCAAUAAUCGGUUCAAAAACGACAAGAACCGAUCCAAGCAAAAUUCAAACAACAAAUUUUUUUUUCUAAGAAGUCCUCUGUUGUGUGCCGAUUUUGCGAUCAGCUUGGACACUCAACAAAGAAUUGUGCCAAACUUACGUCUUCUCCAACAGCAAAUUGCGUUACUUCUUCGGCUCCAAAGAAUGGAAAAUGGCUUCUCGAUUUCGUUGCUUCUCAUAAUAUCACAUCUGAUUUGGCUAAUCUCCAUAUCUACUCUGAAUAUGAUGGUCAAGAUGAGGUUUAUCUUGGAGAUGGUACAGGAUCGGAUGACGGGAAUAGUGCUCAUGCGUGGUAGGUGUGAAGGUGGAGUUUAUCCUGUGGCCCUUCGUCCUUCCUCAUCCCAGGUCAAUACCAUCACCUUGGCUGGAACUCGUGUCUCCUUCGACUGUUGGCAUCAUCGAUUGGGGCAUCCUACUCCAAAGAUUUGUCGUCACUACUUAGGAGUCGUGCCUUGGCUGUGUCCUCGUCUAAGUCCCUCAUGUCCCGUAUUUCGUGUCAAUGUAAUAAAUCUCAUAAAUUGCCAUUUAGUCUUACUUCUCUUAAAAGUAAUUCUCUUGAAUUUCUGUAUGUUGAUAUUUGGGGAUCCUUCCCUAUUUCCUCAGAUUCUUCUCUAUAUGCUGGUGUAUGUCGACGAUUUAAUUCUCAUGGACAAUCACAGUGAAUUUCUGCAACAUGUAGUCAAGUCUCUAGUUGACAAAUUUUCUCUCAAAGAUUUAUUUGACCUACAUUAUUUCCUUGUGGUGAAAGUCAUUCCAAUUAAGCAGGAGUUGUUCCUCUCUCAGAACUAUUUUGUUCUUGAUCUUCUCACUAGGUUGAAGAUGACUGGUGCUAAUAAGGUUCAUACUCCCAUGUCUGUGUCUACUAAGCUUAUACUUGACAAUGGUACUGCAUGCUGUGAUGCUACCGAAUACAGACACAUGAUCGAUUCCCUCCAAUACCUGUCUCUCCCUCGCCCAAACCUUGACUUUGCUAAGGCAGUAGCUUGCUCCUCAACCAAAGCUGAAUAUCGGGCUCAAGCCACUGCCGCUUUGGAUAUUGCUUGGAUUCACUCUCUACUUGAUGAACUUGGUAUCAAGCUAUGUGCCACUCCCUUUCUUUAUUGUGAUAAUGUUGGUGCUACCCAACUUAGUCUUAAUCCUGUUCUGCAUUUUAGGAUGAAACAUAUUGUCAUCGAUCUUCACUUUGUAUGUGACUUUGUUCGUCGUGUUCAUUUACAUGUUGCUCAUGUUCACAUAGAUGAUCAGCUUGCAGAUUUAUUGAUAAAGCCUCUUGCUCGGUCUCAUUUCAAUCAAUUGCAAGGUUAA